CUCAUUCUUCUGUUCUACCAUCCACACCUAAGACCAUGCCUGGAUCGUUCAUCUGUGGAGUCUGGAUUUCUGUAUCAGUCCUUCUAUAUGGAUCUGCAGCAUUUGCUUCUAACAUUUCAACCCAGAUUCGGCCUCCGAAUGUGACUGAGGAAGAGUACCGUGGCUGGGAGUCACCGUUUCUUCAGCUGAGAGCCAACCUGCUGUCCUACUCACAGCCAAUCCACCCAUACACCCUGCUGACAAAUGCUGAAGACUACCACUACAUGCCCAAACCCAGACAUCGCCGCCCUUCUCGCCUCCGGCGUCUUCUGGGAUCCUCUUUUGACCCGUUUUGGAUGUCCGUAGAGCAGCCAUCUGAAGCCUCUGGGGGUCAGGGUGAUGGUCAACCUUCGUUACGUGGUGACACACUGCAUGCCAAAUUACCCAAAGGCAACACUGCCAGAGAGAAGUUUAACCUGAGUGCUUGUCCAGAGCUGAGAGAGGCUGCAGCGAACCAUCGCCGGAAGCUGGAGAAGGAAGCUGCAGAUCUGGACCUCAGCUCUCAGCCCUCACAUGUUGCCAGUUCGGUCAGAGACUGGUUAGUGCGCUCGGCCACUUGUGGAUUAAGCUACCGGUGGGUGGAUCUGGGUCCUGCGUUCUGGCCACGUUGGUUGCGGCAGACUGACUGUGAAAGGUCAGAUGGGGAGCAAAGUUGCUCCUUUCCGGCUGGGAUGGAGUGUGUGCGGGAUCAGACAACUUACAUCAAGAUUCUGGCUUGGCACUGCUUGGACAUCAGAGAGAGAAGCAGCGGGUCUGGAGGGAUUAAAGCUGACGGUUCUAAUGGCAGCACUGAGAUGGCGACAGGCGAAGUCAUGAAGGGGUGCAUGUGGAGGCAAGUGCCUUAUCCUGUGGUCACAGCGUGUACAUGUUCAUGUAAAUGAUUGUAAAUAUUAUC